AUGUCGGCGCUUGAAGACGCGCUGCGAGGUUCCGCCGGGGUCGAGGCAAUGCGCCCGCUGCAUGUCUUUAAGGCUCGAAUGCUUGAUGCCAUUGAAGCCUCACUCGCUGAAAUGAAGCAAUUAUUGAGGUCUCACCUUGGACAUGACCAGUCCAUAUCAACAGACCCCGAUAAUUUUUCCAGGGGCAACAGUACUCUGACCACGAUAAAGGAUCUCGACGAAAACGAAGAUAACAUAGUGCUACCAAAUCCAACAGCCGAUCUUCACCCAGCACCGAUCACAGUCGUCCGCCAUGUUGGCAAUCUAAUCACAGAACCCGAAACAAACGGAGAAAACGACUCCAUCUUAGGACAUAUGACCGAGAUGGGUCUAGAUUCCGAGAACUUCGCCUCUGUUUUUCAGCAUGGCUUCGAACAAAUAGCAUCAUGGUACCCGUUCCCGCACGAAACAAUGUCGGAUCUCAAACAAAACUACCCUCUGCUUUUCGCGAUGUGUCUGCUGGCAGGGUUCCGCGCAACAGCUGGUCUCAACCGUUCGAAUCUCCACGUUACACUGCAUUCAAUGGUCAAAACUCAUCUAGGCAUGAAAGCCUUAGAUACGCCAAUUGGCCUCACCACGAUCCAUGCCAUGCUUAUAUUCAGCGCCUGGAGUUUUGGUCCUCUGGUGCCAGGUGGUAGAUAUAUUGACAGCUGGUUGAUGAGUAGCACGACUAUCACCCACUGCAUGCUUAGUUUCUCUCUUUCUGAGCUUGGAUCUCUUACUUCCUUCUACGACGAUACGAGUCGGAAUAUGUGCAGGAUGUGGAUACAGGCUUCUCUGGUACAUUUGAAAUUUGCGAUUGGAACUGGUCGGCCAUCCGUGGUCUCCUGCGACCGUCUCCGUCAGUGGACGGAAAUUGUCAAAUACCCGGGCUUCGAAGCUUUUGAUCAGAUCAUUGCAGCUGAGCUCAAAAUCUAUAUACUUCUCUACGAGGUUAUCUACAACACUGCUAACUCGGUGGGCGAAGCCUGGGAAAUGUUAACUAGAUGGAGCCGAAAAUAUCUCGCCGAUGGGAAUAGCGUAUUGACAUGGGCACAUUCCUGCGUCUCACUCAUCUUAUCACGCUGGGAACUAGCAAAACAGCACCAAGGCAUGUCCCCCGGCUCACUGCACCACAACAAACGCAUAAAGGACUUGACCCAAACCGUCAUCCGCCAUGCGCAGGUAGUACUGAGCGAGAUUUUAAUAUUCGGCUCGUCGGACACUGCGUUCGUCAGACCGACCUAUGAUUACUUGCUCGGUGCAUACGCGGGCGUCACUCUCGCGGAAUACUCUUCAGAUAUAUCUGAUAUCCACGCGACAUAUACAUUAAUGGAGAAUGUUCGGACACAGGCCAGGAUACCGCGGAGUAUUGAGGGCGUUUUCAACUGGGCAACAAAUGUUGUUCAAAAAAAGGCACGGGACUACCUGGAUUCAAGUGUUUCGAUUAAUUCGGGGGAUAGUUUGUAUUCUUAUCCUAUGUCUGUGGCGGAUUGGGCGCCGUUCCGGUUCAUUGAUUCUAUGCCUUCGUCUGGAUGGGAUGGGUUGGAGGAGUCUAUGCGACCGUUUUAA